GUGCUGAGUGAAAGGUCCUCCAAAGGACAUUAUAUUUAUUUACUUUAGCUCCAAGUUCAAUCCUUUGCCAUUGCCGAUGCAGAUUCAUCUAGGACUAAACAUUUACAACUAAUAAUGGAUGAUAAAACUAUUAUAAACAAAGAUUUAGAAUCCACCUCAAAAAUGCAGGUUUCACAGAGAAUACGUGAACCAAAGCCUUCUACCUCUUUUGCUCCUGAGGCAGAUUCUUCAUUUGACGAAGAAGAAGAAAUUGCAGGAUUUGUGGAAAUUACUGGUCAACAAGACACCUAUUCAAAACAUCCAGCUAAAAAAGCCUCCUGCAGUUCAAUGUCUGUAUGUCCGUUCUGCGGAAAGAAAUUCUUCAGUUACAGGGUCCUUAUUGUCCACGUAACUUUAAAUCAUGUGAGUGAAAGUCAAGCGAAAGCCAAUAUGCACAUAUUGAAUUUUCUCAUGAAAGAGUGUAAAAUGUGCGAUUAUACAACCCCUCAUUACAGUCAUUUGAAGAGGCACAUGAUUUCAAAGCAUAAAGAUUAUGAACCUUUCCAAUGCCAUUUCUGCAAUUUCAGAACGUCUAUGCAAGUCACGUUAAGGAGGCAUGUGAGAUUGAACCAUACCAACAAAAAGAUCUACCAAUGUUCCAAGUGUGAUUUCAAAGCAUUGACAAAUUUUAGUAAACAAAUUCAUUUGAACACUGUUCACUUGGACUCGAGAUCGAUACACUGUUCCGAGUGUGAUUUCAGAUCCAAGCGUAUUAGCACAAUGAGGAAGCACAUCAAGUCGAAUCAUAUUAACAAAAAAUCUCACCAAUGUUCAUUCUGUGGGUUCAAAACUGACGGAUCUGGAAAGCUGAAAAGGCACAUAAGCAAGAAACACUCAGAUGAAAAACCUUUCCAAUGCACUCUUUGCAAUUAUAAAGCUGCGCAGUUUAGCAAUUUUAAAAGACAUCUUGCUUUCAAACAUAGUCAAGUGUAUAAGAUUAUCACUACACUAUCUCCUUACAUAUAAAAUUGUGAUCUCUUAUAAUUAAAUAUUGUGAUAGACGAGUACAAACGUCAUUGUAUUUUCCUAUUAUCCCUAAGAGGCAUUUUAUUUUUAUUUGCUUAAUAUAAUUACUAAUACCUACUCUCAAGGUAUUGCAAACAAAAAUUAUUUCAUGUUGGUCUCUGAAAUUUAAUUUAUGAUUAUUUGUG